AUGAUCGUCACCCAGGUACAUAUUUAACUCUUUUGAGACUGUAUAAUUUUGAGAAGGCAUAAAUUAUAUACAGUUUGAACUAUUUUAUUGAUGUGAACAUCUAUUCGCCCUUAUGUUUGCUUUGAUUAACUUCUUAUUAACUUUCAAAAUAUUUUUUCAAUGUUCUAAGCUCUCUUUCACGUGUUUCAUAUCUUCCAUCUGAAAAACAGAAAGUUAUUCAAAGCACUGAUGAAGGAAAUAUAAACCCCUCAAAAUGAACAUUUAAAAGUAUUGAAAUUUGAAAAAAAUCCUACUGCAAAACGGGCGAAUGGUUGUGAAAUGGGAAUGCUCGCAUUUCUGACAAAAAAUAAAGCAGGUGGAAAAAUGUUUUAGUUUUCCAGAAGGCUAUCGUAGUCUCAAAAAGCGUAACAAAACCAUUUAUCACGUAGUUUUAGCAAACAAAAAAAGCUUGAAGACGUCAGAAAAUAGUUGCGGCUUUUCAUUUCAAAGGAAAAUUUCUAGUCACGAGGUUGGUAUCAUCUCGAUGUGUCUUCUCAAUAGAAACGUCCAGAAAUGGGGGAAGGACCUGACGGUAACAAGGGUGAGCCGGCGUCGAAGGCAGAGCCGAAGAGCGACUCUCACGCCGAACAUAAAGAGCAGAAGGCAGAUCAGAAGGCUGAGACGAAGUUAGAGCCGACCAGUGCCCGUUCCGAAAUUUCCGAGGUGGCGAUCGCCGUUGAUCCUGAAGUGGCCCACUUUCCACAUAGCGGUGGCAAGUCUGAGCAUAUGGUCGUCAAUUUCACUAAGCAGCGAAUGGCAAUCAAGGUUUUUUUUUUUUUUGAAUUUGAAUUUUCGCCGUUUGUAUGUCUGAUUUGCCGCGGUUGAAAGAAGGCUGGCCUCUUCUUGAUCUCUCGAUUGCGCUCUUGUUUCAAUAGUCUCUUCAAAAAUCUUUGCUGGGGUUUUUCUAGACAGAAGAGACCUGACUUUCUAGAGAAAAAAAAAGCCGUUUUUAGUUUUAUUAUAUGCUGUUGUCAGAGUGAUAAGGUGGAAAUAAAAAAUAUCUUUGAUUCUACAAAAAUUGGUAAUCUUUUUAACUCUUUGAAGGUUUUUUGGAACAUAGCGGAAUCAUUUUGAACAUGGUAUUGAUUUUGAAAGAUUUUCGCAACUUGAAAACCCAUAUAAGACUUUUGAGCAGAAUAAAAGAGCUGCUUUCAUUUUAAUAUUAACGUAUCAGAAACGGAAUGGAGAAGAGAAAAUAUUUCACAAAUCUUGAAUAGUGACAUAUAUAGCGGAACGGCAUUUCUCAAAAACUAAUUUGGAAAGUGCUUCAAAAAUAGGGGUUCUACUUUGAGAAAUUAUCUCGCACUCUUUGCAGGUGAGAUGCGGAAACAACGCUGUGUACCGCGUCGACCCGGUUUACAUGUUCAUCGAGAGCGGAAAAUGCCGCAACCUGAUCGUCACCCGGCUACCAGGUCCUUUUCCGCUCUUUUCUUCCCACGAAUAUACUUUUAGGACCAGCAAAACAAGAUAAACUUAUUUUGCAAUACGCGGAGUGCGACGAGAAAAUGACCGACGUGAAAUCUGUUUUCAAGGUGUCGUUUCUUAGACCAGUUACAGUCUCUUAUCGCAUUUUCAGGAACUGGAAGCUGCUGGCAAAAAAAUUUCAAACAUCAAAGUGAAGUUGAUGGUGAGCUUUUCAGUUUUUGAACGAUAUCUUCGGACAAAGCUACUAAAAAAACUUCUAAAUCCCUUUUGGUCAGAUAUUGUUCUUGCAAAUCAAAGACCGUCUUUAAAUACUUUCCCAUCACAGGCAAAUCGGGAGAGUACCAUAAUGGGCCCACAAAGAUACCUCUCAAAAUGGAUCGGAGACCCCAUAAUGUGCGCAUCGGGAGACCUCCGGCAUACCUUUUAGCUAUGUAGGAGCCAUCUCGGAGGUACCUCAGAGUCUCUCUCAAGUUCCUCUCACUUUGCUUAAAAUCCUCAAAGGUUAUUCUCGAGGUACCAUCGUGAGACUUCAGAGCCUGCGAUAUACCUCAGAGGGUCUCGCGAUAACCUUUCUCGAUUCGCCACGAUUAAAAUUUCUUUCAAAAUAUUCUUUUAAGACUUCCUGAGAUUGAAUUACGCGAGGCGUUUCAGCCUUGUUUAAUUACGAUUUAUGACCGUGAGGAAUUUACAAAAAAAGAAAAUUUCUAUAAAUUCUUGAUGAUAUCAGACAUAAUAUGUACAAUAUGGGAGAUAAAAAUUCGAAAUUUUUUUUGAGGCGUAGUCACUGUCUUUGCCUUCCCGCAAAAAGAUAAAAUGUAUAUUUGAAGACCUGCUUUUACUCCCAAUCCAAGUUCAUUUCAAAACUUACUCAAUCUAGUAAAUCUUUAACCCGCUUAUUUUACGAAAAGAUCCUCUAGACAUCAUGUUCAUCAGAACUUUUUGAAUGUCACCUUUUCAGGCGACGGCGAAUGCUGCAAAGAAGGUUUCCCGCGAAGUUAUCGACGAAUAA